AAAAAAAUCCAUCAGUCAAUGUUCUCCAAAAUUUGGCUAACUCCAUGAAUCCACGAAUCGCAAGAGUAUGAGUUUAUAAUGGGAAAGUUAUCGCUUAAUUCUCUCCUAUGUUCGUGCAUCUGCGUCACUGCAAUUCACACUUCUCAGUUCUCAAGAUUAACAAAUGCGAAAUGCAAUGAUGCUCAAUUUUAUUUUUUCUGAAAACUGUUUGAGAACCGCCAUUGUCUUCGAUGGAGGCUAUCACCCUUUUCUCGCAAGAAAUAUCAGAUAUAAUCAGAUUUUGGUUUCAAAAUUCUGUUGUAGAUCUAAGCAUAAGGUGCCAGGAAAGCUUCUUGAUCAAGUUGAUAGUCAUGGAGUUGGAACCAUCUCUCGUCCCUCUAAUUUUAUCAAUAAGGUGUGUAUUAUGUUGGGGUACGAUAACCUUGAUGGUUUAGUAAAUGGAAGAACUCAUAAGACACAAGAUUUUUUUCUAGAAGCACGGAAAAAAUUUCCAUCCAUCAAUCUUGGAAGUUCACCUCUGAUUGAACUGUUUAGUAAUUCAGCCUGGCAUUCUCAGACAAAGACUUAUUCUCCAUCUAUAAGUUGUGAAGAAUUUCAACCUAUCGCAACAGAUGGGAAGUGGAUGAUUCCGGUUUCUCUUACAAAAGUGUGCCCUUCUCUUAAUAACAGCCUUCCAGAUACAGGUUUUUCAUGUGAAGAAGUUUCUAUACCUACUCCGACCCAAUUUCAUUCCGAUUCCCUUGAAGAUCAGCAAUGCAUUUUUGCAGAUUCUGAAGAGUCUUUGCCUCCUAUAGUGCUCAAUAAUGACAAAUUAUCUCAGUUGAUACUUGACAAACCUAUUAACCUCAUAGAAGGAUUGAGCAAACGGCAGUCUCGUCAGCUGGAAGAUUGUGAUUUCCAUACGUUGCGCAAAUUGUUGCACCACUUUCCUCGUAGUUAUGCUGAUCUACAGAACUCGCAUAUGGGAAUUGAGGACGGCCAGUACUUGAUUUUUGUUGGCAGGAUUUUGUCGUCCAGGGCUGUUAAAGCUAGCUAUGCACUUUCUUUUUGGGAGGUGAUUGUGCAUGGUGAGGUUGGCAUAAAUGUUGGUGGAAAGAAGAUGAUCUAUUUGCAUCUAAAGAAAUUUUUUCGUGGCACUCGUUUCACUAGCCAAGGUUUUCUUCGCUGUCUUGAAAAGAAGCACGAAGAAGGUGAUUUUGUGUGUGUUAGUGGGAAGGUGAGGGGCACUUCUAAGGAGGAUCACUAUGAAAUGAGAGAAUAUAGCUUGGAUGUGAUUGAGAAUGAAGAUGAUCUGUCUAUUGCAAUGAAGGGGAGACUAUUUCCUAUAUAUCCUUCUAAGGGUGGCCUAAAACCUCAUUUCUUCCGAGACAUUAUGAUAAGAGUCUUGCAGUCAUUGCAUGCUGAUAUAGAUCCUAUUCCUCUAGAUAUCACAAUAGACAUUGGACUUUUGGGGCUUCAUGAUGCAUAUAUUGCUAUUCACCAGCCUAAGGAUUUAAAUGAAGCUGAUCUUGCUCGCAGAAGAUUUGUAUUUGAUGAGUUCUUUUACCUUCAGUUGGGUCGCAUGUACCAGAUGCUUGAAGGUCUUGGAUCCAGAAUAGAGAAGGAAGUAUUGCUUGAAAGAUACAGAAACAUAGAGCAGACAUCUGUUUUAUCUGAGGAGUGGUCGGACCUCACUAGGAGUGUUCUAGAAAAAUUACCUUAUUCAUUAACUAAAAGCCAACUAAAUGCAAUCUCAGAAAUAAUUUGGGACCUAAAGCGACCAGUUCCCAUGAAUCGGCUACUGCAGGGUGAUGUGGGCUGUGGAAAGACAGUUGUUGCCUUUUUGGCAUGCAUGGAAGUCAUUGGCUCUGGAUACCAGGCAGCUUACAUGGUUCCUACUGAGUUGCUUGCUAUCCAGCACUAUGAAGACCUGUGUAAUCUGCUGGAGAAUGUGGAUUGUUCUUGCAGACCUUGUGUUGCGCUUCUAACGGGUUCAACUCCAGCAAAACAAGCACGGAUGAUACGCAAUGAACUCCAAGCAGGGACUAUUUCGUUAGUAAUUGGAACCCAUAGCUUGAUUGCUGAAAGUGUAGAAUUUUUGGCUUUAAGGCUUGCAGUAAUUGAUGAGCAACAUCGUUUUGGUGUAAUUCAGAGAGGAAGAUUGAAUAAUAAGUUAAGUUGUGCGUCUGCAUCUGGAACUGGUUCAGCUGCUUUUGGUGAUACCCAGAAAGGUAAGAUGCAAAUGACACCACAUGUUCUUGCAAUGUCAGCUACCCCAAUACCCAGAAGUCUUGCUUUAGCUCUAUAUGGAGACAUGUCCCUGACACAGAUCACAGAUUUGCCUCCAGGAAGAUUGCCUAUUGAGACGUGUAUUGUUGAAGGAGAUGAGUACGGAUUUGAGAAGGUUUAUGAGAUGAUGCACCAUGAACUGGAAGCGGGAGGAAAAGUAUAUCUUGUAUACCCGAUCAUUGAGCAAUCUGAGCUACUUCCCCAGCUGCGUGCUGCUUCAGGAGAUUUUGAAACUAUAAGUUCCAAGUUCCCUAAUUACAGCUGUGGAUUACUGCAUGGAAAAAUGAAGGGUGAUGAAAAGGACAAGGCGCUAAAAUGUUUUAGAGAAGGAGAAACACGGAUUCUUCUUUCUACUCAAGUUAUUGAGACUGGGAUCGACGUGCCAGAUGCAUCCAUGAUGGUGGUGAUGAAUGCUGAACGAUUUGGAAUGGCGCAAUUGCAUCAACUUAGAGGUCGAGUUGGGCGUGGUGCUAGGAAAUCCAAGUGUAUACUAGUUGCUUCUACUGCAACUAGUAUCAACCGCUUAAAGGAAUUGGAGAAGUCAUCAGAUGGAUAUCAUCUGGCUAAAGUCGACCUUCUUCUACGUGGGCCUGGUGACUUGCUUGGAAAGAAGCAAUCAGGACACCUUCCCGAUUUUCCUAUUGUUCGAUUGGAAGUUGAUGGAUCAAUAAUUCAAGAUGCUCACGUUGCUGCUUUGAAAGUAUUAAGCACCUCACAUGAUCUGGCACAAUACCCAGCGCUUAAAGCGGAGCUUAGUAUGCGACAGCCACUUUCGUUCCUAGGUGAUUGAAGUCUGAGGGAGUAGGUUGUCUAGAGUUCUUUUGCUGUAUAGUUGUUUCAAGUACAUAGACGCACCUCAUCUACCCGAAGAUUCAUCAAUGUACGUUGCUGCUGAGACUCGCAGGUACGAUGUAUCCUUGUAAACAUAUUUCGUCAAUAUACGUUGCUGCUGAGCAACAUGUAUGAUGGGUAGUUUUGUAAACCAUUUUCAACCUUCUUUGUAGGCAAGCUCUAUAUAUUCUGACAUUUGCGUCAUUUUUAUUACAUGCAAUAAAAGAAUAUAUAGAGCAGAUGGAUUUCGGUUCAAAUCUCAUUGUUGAAGUUAUUCUUUUUUGCUAUAUGCUAUAUAAUACAAUAUUUAAAAAAAAAUAAAUCAAAGAAAAUUAUGAGUGAUAA